GUGUACCAACUGACAAGGAUCACAAUAUUUCGUCAAAUUAUUGUAAAUUCACAUGGAGAAUGUUUAGCCAGCGAAGUACAUUCUGCUUACACUCCCUGGCCAAAGUCUGAAGAAUUUUCGAAAUGUUCUCAUUGUUUAAACACUUAUUUCACAAUGUCUUCUUCUCGGCAUAUUUACUAUGUCGCUCGUGAAAUGUUUCCCGCCUGUCUUUUGGCAGGUGUUGGAAUGGUAGUUGCGGGAUGUUAUAUUGAUAUGCUGAAGUCCUCCGGCACCUUAACUUCGAAAGAGGAAAGUAUUUUUGAGAUCAUUCCACCAAUUCUUGGACUGAAAGGAAAUUUAGAAGUUGCUCUUUCCUCUCGAUUAGCUACUGUGGUUCAUUUUCGAAGAAAGUUUAACGAACUAUCUUUCUGGUUGUUCACAACUACUCUGGCUUUUAUACUUGUUCUUGCUGUGUUUGCAAGCACAAUUAUACCUUUAGUGGUAAUAGCGUUACAUAAAUCAUCGGGUACAUCUCAUUUCCCUGUUGAUCUUGUUCAUCUUAUCGUCAUUUCAUCAAUGACUUGCAUUUGUGCCACGUGUUUUAUAGGCGUUGUUGUUUACGCAAUAGUAUGUGCUUGCGUCUUUUGCGGAGCGAAUCCUGAUAAUGUUGCUCCACCCGCAGCCGCCGCUUUGGGUGAUCUUGUGACUGUUUUGAUUAUUUCUCAUGUGAACUAUUACUUUAUCGUGCAUCCAACUUUGACUGUCACCGUUGCCGUGUGCAUGAUUUCUGUGGUUCUUAUUUUGAGUAUAUCUUAUUUAUUAUAUUAUUCAAAUGUCAACGUAUCUGGUGAUCUUCUCAGUCUUAUUAUUACACCUCAUACUUUUAAAGAAACUAUCAUUCCUUUAACUCUUGCAAUUAUCAUGAGUAGCAUUUGUGGGAAUAUAUCCGCCCGAUUUCUGAUAGAUUGGCCCAUUAUUGCGCGCCUUCAAGUCCCAAUAAAUGGUGUGGGGGGGAUUUUUGGUUCAAUGUUAAUUAGCAGAAUGACAACACGCCUGCAUUCAAUAACUUGUUCAAAAAAGCCUCCUCUGAAGGAGUCGUUCAUUGUUUCUCCAACAUCUGGUCUAGUCACAGUUGAAAAAGUCAACACUGUGAACUCUGAUAGAAAAUCUACAACUCAUAAUUCACAUUUCUACACAUCAUCUCAGUCAUUCGAAACAUUUGGAUCUUGUAGAAAAGUACUUGAAAUUCAUACUGAUGUUUCACGGGUAUCUAAACUUAUCAGAUUCCUGUGUGUCCCGUUACAUUUUAUCUUAACUUUAGUCAGUUUAACUGUCAGUUAUUAUUUAAAACAGGAUAAUUCUCCAAAGAUCACAUCACCUCUGCAGUUCGACAUUUUAUUUCCUUACCUCAUCGCUGGAUUCAUACAGAUAUGCAUACUUCUCGAGUUUGCAAAAUGGAUUGUUUUAAAACUUUGGAAACAUUUACAUUCUACAAAACAUUUAAACUUUCAUGAUAAUGUUAUAUCCUUAGCAUCAAUUGAUUUCUCCGCUAUAGCUGUCACUACCGGUGCAGGUGAUCUGAUUGGAACAAGUUUAUUCAUUCUAUUUCUAUCUAUUAGUAAAUGGAUUAUAAGCGGUUGAUUUUCUUGUCGUUUUUUGUGUGAUCAUUCUGUACAAUUAGUUCUUUGAUGCUUAUAUUUCGUUCUUUGUUGUAUAUAUGAAAAUAUUAUUCUCCUUCUUUCAUAUUAACAUGAUUGAUAUAACAAUUAUUUGGGCGAAUUAAAUCUUCUAUACUUAUGUAAUAUCUUAUGAAGUUUUUUACAUCAUGUCAGUAUAAUUUUCAGUAAUUUUUUCUACAUGUUUAUCUUAAUGUCGAGAAACAUUUAAGGGGAAUAUUGUCACUAAAUAAGUUGUGAUACGUUUUUGUGUAUUUUGCUAAUAUUAUAAGGUUUAGAAGUUUAUAUUUUCAACUGGAUCUUGAAGGGGUUUUGCGAUGGUAAUGGUUCUUUCCUUUGAUUAUUAGGAUUUGUUACUAUUCAAUUAUAAUGUUUCUAUUGAAAUUAUAAUCAUUCAUUUGUGAUCUCUCUAUUUUCCUCUCCGUUUACAAAUAUUCCACUGUGUUUAUCUAUACCUGUUGAUCCGAUUAAAUCUAAAAAUUUUAAAAAUAUAAUUGAAUUAUGCAAGAA